AUGUCAAACGCAAACAACAACAAAGACCAUUAUGAAAAACUUAUGUUUGAAAAGACACGACAAGAACAACUUGAUCUAGUUUUUUCGGAUGACACCGACGACGAAGACGACGAGUAUUGCGCCGCAGUUCGUAAUGAAAAUACGGAGGUCAUUCUUCGUGAAAUGAGUGAAAAUCUAAAAAAAUUAUUUGAUAUUCAUGAAUGUUAUAUAAUCAAAACUCAAGAUUUAGAGAAAUUAUACCAAAAUGCAUUCCAAAAGUUUUUUAACUGGAACAUGUACGCAGAAUCAUGCAUCACACCUCUUGACGAAUUUAUCGACAAAACGUGGAAUCAGACAUUCAACAUUCUAAAAUACCCAUAUACAUAUGCUGAAGACCUCACCACCUGGCUAACCCUAAAAUUCCCUCUCGCCCCGUUAAAGGGUUCACACCCGGAAAAAACAACCUCCGAAGAUUCCAACGAGUAUCUGGAGUUCAUUCUUUGGCGUUUUCGUAAUCUCCUUCCAGAUCAAACGGUCGUAAGGGUCGAUUGUUUACGUUGGCUUUAUUCCGAGGUUUACGCCGAUAAUCCGCAGGUUGAAACCAAGAAACAUGGAUAUGAAUUUCUCAUUGAUUUGUUGAAGGAUUCUAUGUGUUUUACUUUGUACGAAAAAGAUAAUUAUAGUGUCGUGGUAGAACGAGUGGAUGGGCAUGUGUAUGGCGCAUUGUUGAAGCUAAAUUUUUUUAGAGCUCAAUUGACAGAAGAGAUGAAAACGGUUAUUAUGCUUUUGCUAGGCGAUGCGUUUGGGGAUUUAGUUAUUGAAUAA